CUAUAAAUGGGGCGGGCGGCCGGGCCGACGGCGUGCCAGAGGUUUGCCGUGCGGGCCGGCCCGUCCGCCGCCCGCCAUGCGGCGGCUCCCGCUGCCGCUGCUGCUGGCCGGGCUGGCGCUGGCGCUGGUGCUGGGGCAGGGGCGGGAGCCGGAGCCGGGGGGGGAGCCGGGGCCGGCCGCCCCCUCGGGCGCGCAGUGCCUGGAGCACGACUGCUUCGCCGUGUUCUGGGCGGCGCGGCCGUUCGCGGAGGCCAGCGCGGUGUGCGAGCGCGGCGGCGGGCACCUGAUGACCGUCCGCUCCACCGUGGCGGAGGACGCCAUCGCGCUGCUGCUGCAGAGCCGCGGCGGGCGGCUGUGGCUGGGGCUGCGCCUGCCGUCCCCCCUGCCCUGUACCGAGCCGGCCCAGCGCCUGCGGGGCUUCCAGUGGGUGACGGGCGACCGCCGCACCGACUACUCCAACUGGGCGCCGUCGGGGCGGCGGUGCGGAGAGCGCUGCGUGACCGUGUCGCGGGAUCUGCGCUGGGAGGAGAGGCGCUGCGAUGCGCCGGCCGACGGCUUCCUCUGCGAGUACAACUACGCGGCCAGCUGCGGCCGCCUGCCCCCCGCCGAGGGGCUGCCCGUCACCUACACAACCCCCUUCGGCGCCCGCGGCGGGGACUUCCUGGCGCUGCCGCCCCGCAGCGCGGCCAUCGUGCCGGCCCUGGGGCUGGAGCUGCGCUGCGAGGAGGACGGGGAGGGCGGGGGACCGCGCUGGAGCCGCGCCGAGCCCGGAGCCUGGCCCUGCCGCCUGGCCGCCGGGGGCUGCGAGGGGGCGUGCGGCGAGGAGGGCGGCCGGCCGCGCUGCUCCUGCCCCGACGGCAAGGUGCUGAGCCCCGACGGCCGCGGGUGCGGCUCGCCCUGCGCCGGCGCGCCCUGCCAGCAUCACUGCGUCGUGGCCGGCGCCUCCUUCCUCUGCAUGUGCGAGGCGGGCUACCGGCUGGCCGCCGACGGCAGCAGCUGCGAGGACAUCGACGACUGCGCUGCUGUGCCCAGGCUGUGCGAGCAGGUCUGCGUCAACACCGAGGGCGGCUUCGAGUGCCAUUGCCAGCGUGGCUACGAGAUGGUGGAGGGGCACUGCCGGCCCCUCUCCCGCUGCUACGAGGCACCCUGCGAGCAGCAGUGCGAGGACGUGCCCGAUGGCUACCGCUGCAGCUGCUUCCCGGGCUACGCCAUCGACUCACUGAAGCCCACCCACUGCCUGCUGCACUGCAACCGCAGCCAGUGCCCGGCCCAGUGCGACCCGCACACCCUGGCCUGCGAGUGCCCUGAUGGCUUUGUGCUGGACGACGAUGCCAACAGCAGCAAGGUCUGUGUGGACAUCGACGAGUGCGACAUGAACUUCUGCGAGCACAACUGCACCAACCGCCCCGGCAGCUACGAGUGCCACUGCCACGCCGGCUACCGGCUCCACAGCCAGAACCACUGCAUCAAAAUCCAGGAGGACGACAAGGAGGGAGCGUACUCUGGGGACGCUGCCGGGUCCGAACCCCCGGUGCCCAUCCCCAGCCGGACCCCGCCGAAGGUGGAGCGCCUCCACCCUGGCGUGCUGGUGGGCAUCUCUGUGGGCGUCCUCUCCGCAGCCCUGGCUCUGCUGGCCCUGGGCUACCACCUGGCAAAGAAGCGCUGCAGGCCCCCUGCCACCAUGGAUUACAAGUGCAGUGGCCCCCACGAAAAGGAGAUGGGACUCCAGCCGGUCACCUUGGGGUGUGCCGUCCCCAGCCAGAAAUUGUAGGGAGAGCCGUCAGGACGGAGGGGGGUGCGGAUGGAACUGGGUAGCAUUUACCUCCCCCCGCCCUCGUGGUUUUUUCAAAUGAGAAUUUGGGAAGUGCUGUGAUCAGCCCCACUGCCGAGAACGCUCACUGCUUUGCAGCCGACUCUUGCAAUACUCGUGCCAGAGAGCAGCGAAGGUGGAGGGCACGGAGCUCCCUGGCCGCUCCCUUUGCGGGUGGUGGGCAUUCGGCGUUCCUUUUCUGAGACGGCAGUCAGGGCAGGGAGGGGCGAGCUUCAAGCACAAACCGUGAGUGUGUUGCAGGAGGGACGUCUCCGGCUGGAACGGGCUGCUUCAGUCCCCACCAAGCGUGGGACCGAGUGGCUGCCCAGGACGGGAGGCUGCCGCCCCCAAGCCCACUCCCCGGGCCGGGGGCAUGCCGCUGCACUGGACGGGACGGCGAGGGACAGGGAUGCUCCUGCUUUUGUAUGGGCUUGGUUUAGUUUGUUUUUAAAUUCAUGGGCAAUGGAAGAAGGAGCAAAGAUCUUGUGGUCGGCGCUCUGCCACACCCCUCUGCGCCCCUCUGCCUCGCCAGCAGAGCCCUGGGUUUUGUCCCUGUCCCCAUCUUUUGCCUCUCAUCUCUGGCAGCUGAGCACUUUUCACCUUAAAUCGCUCGCUGGGGACCCUGCUGAGCAUCACCGUGCGAGGGCUAAAAUCCCUGAUUUCUAGUCCUUCUUACUGUUUCGGGGCUUUUUUUCAGGGGCGCAGAGCCGAAACAGGAAUACCAAGACUGCCAGCAUCAUUUUUAUCCAUGGUAGGAAAGGCCAUUUGCAGUCCUGGCGAGCCUCAUGUUCCCCAUGCAAUUUCUUCCGUGAUUUUCUGCUACUGUUGGGUUAAACCCUUUGAUUGCCUUUUUUUACAAACCCGCUUGACUGAACCCUCCUGUCCGCAGGGUUUUUUCCUGGUUUUUCCCUUAGUCGGGGCUGAGUCUAACCCAUGUUGAGGCUCACGGCAAAACUUUCCCUGGUGCGCAGGAUCCAGCCUGCUGCUUACUUUCCAGCCACACGGGGGGGGGGGGGGGGGGGGGGGGGGAGGGAUAAAUCUGGAGAAGUAUUUUGAUGUGCUUUUCCAGCUCCAUCGUUGGGUCGGGAGGCAAGGGGCAGCUCUGCAAAGGCAGCCUGUUGCCGGGGCGGGGGGUCCUGCUCCAGCAGCCGCCAUGGGGUGAGGCCGGCAGCUGUUGGUGCGGGCACAGGGCGAGCGGCGGAGCGGGUGCUGACAGCUUUAUGCCCGUGAAAUAUCGGCGUGCAGCAGCAGUUGGCUUUCCCACAGGAAGUUUUGCAAGCCUGAGGUCAGAGCUUGGGAGGGCUGGAUGCUGCAGAGGGGCUGCGGAGCUCAGGGGGGUUGUGUCCCCCAGCCUUCCCCCCACUUGCGUGGUGACUGAGCUUGCGAUCACGCAGCGUUUGCACCGCCCCCCCCCCCUCACCCCAGAAGGGCAGAGCUACACUGCAGCCUCCAAGGAAAAGAAAAAGAUAUGCAUUGUACGAACCGUAGCUUUCCUAAUGUAAAUGAUUCAACCCACUGUUUUAUACACCCGGCACAUUUGUAAAUAUUUAUUUAUUGGAAAUAUACCCUACGCAAUGCACAAUCACAUGGUGAUUUUGUGUGUAGACCAAUAAAGCUUUUACAGUCUGGUUUAUAGAAA